UGUCCCACUGGAUGGGACAGUAGAGAAUCCGGAUGUUACACGUUUACUCAAAGUUCAUCCGGGCAAGACACGAUGUCAUAUUCAGAGGCUUCAUCAUCUUGUGCCGCUAUAAGUGGACAACUUGUUGUUUUCAACAGCUACGAUGAGAUGAUAGAUCUUGGUAUUACGUACUUAGAACCGCAAGUUGCUGCUACUGGCGGCUAUUUUAUAUGGGUUGGUUGUACGGACCAGGCCGUGCAGGGAACCUUCGAGUGUGAAGACGGUACACAAGUAGAUAGUGCUUUGUGGCGUACUGAUACAGGACAACCAACCAUCGGGAGUGGCAGAAACUGUAUUAACUAUCUAUACAAUAGCCAUGGCUUAGAAACUUCUAGUUGUGGCGACUCAUACCCAACCCUUGCUCUAUGCGAAGUUGACCCGAUACCAGAUACAACACCUUCUCCGCCUCCACAGCAAGCCAAAUAUCGAAACCGAUCAGGAUUCUACUCAAUGGCAAAAGACAACAAUGGAAGCCCUAUGAUUGACUACUGUCUUUCAGAUCACGUGAUGAAGACAAUAUAUAUGAAGGAUAAACUGCAUUGCGCCGCUGAAUGCGAAAAGGAACCCGGAUGCAUGUCAUUCAAUUACAGAGAUGGUAAAUGCGAGCUGAACGCUGAAACAAAAGAUGGGGCUAGUUCUACCUCAUUCUCCCAGCGUGAUGGAUGCUUAUAUUACGAGCCUCUCUGAAAUUAAGGCAAAUCCAAACUGAAAAUACCAUAAAGGAAAUUAAUAAUCUAAAUCAAAUCCUCGAUUUUUUCUUUGAAUAAUAUCUUUAUCAAUAUUUAUGUUGAUUGAAUCUUAUGGAAAGGAAAGGUGAAGGUUUUAUUGUUAUAUUUUGCCGGAAUGCGGUAUAUAAGUACCUGUAAUGUGGUUCUAUUUAUGAAAUUAAUCUGUAAAUGAAAAGAAACGUGAAAGAUUAGCAGAUAAGCAUAUGAUUAUGCUACCAUCACAGGUAAUGAUAACAGAAUUAGAUUCCCUAAAGUCGUAGUUUAACGCUGUAAUUUAAAAUAUUUUGAAAAAGUAACGUAACUGGUUGUUGAUUAUAUUUUCACUGACCAUUUCUCAGUUCGGAUGAAAAAGAUAUCUUGUAAGGUUUGCAGUUAUUCAAAAAAAAAAUUGUUACUUAAAUGUACACAUCUAAAUAUUGCGUAAUUAUGAACAAUUCAAUUCAAUUUGUAAUUGAUUAUAGUGGAAUAUAUUACACAUGAACUAGUCUUAGGCUUUGUAAACUCCACGCUGACGGAGCAUUGGCACUUGUUACAGACCUGUUUAAAGGAACAUGGGCACAUAUAUGCCAGGAGGCCAAUGUUAAAUACCAACUUAAAUACUUUUGAAUUUUGCGACCGAGUGAAAAGAGUAACCUACACAUUUCAGAAACCAUAUUGUGAUGAUAUCCACCGUCGGUUUCUACUGGUUUGUAGCAUUAUUAUGCAAUUUGGUCAUUACAAUUUAUCUCUAAAAAAAGAUCAUAUAGAAGAUAAGAUUAGGUUGGGGAUAUAACGUGAAUCUUUUAACUUCUGUUGUCGAUCUAAUCAUUACUCAUUAAUCAUUACUUCAAACCAUCAACUUCUAAAAGGUAUUAGGUAACUUUGCCUCUGAUUCUAAACAAAAUCCUGGAUUUAGCACAUGCUGUAAUCAUAUUUAUACACCUUUAGGACAGAAAUGAGUCUCUUUAUUUUUAAAAGCUUUUUAUAACACUACAGUCUGUUGGAGAAAAUG